AUGAAAGGAGCUCUGGCCGACUGGGCGAUUGGCAGCAGGCGCCGAAGGGCCCUUCAUAAUUAUUUGUGAUUUUGGAACAUUGGACUGGCUUCCCGUUCCCUUUGCUCCCAAUCCCUCCAAAUCAAAUAUUCUUCUUUUCUGAAGGAUUCCUUAUGGAUUUGGACAAGGAAGAUAGGAACAGAGAGGAAGAGAACAACAGUGAAGGGAAAGAAGGGGAAGAUGUUGUAGGCGAAGGAAACGCUGAAGAGUUGGAUGCAAAUGAUGUCAUGGAUGUUGAUGGCAACACAGGUCAGUUAAAAGAUAGUGAAGUUCUUGAACCUUAUGUAGGUAUGGAAUUUGAAUCAGAAGAUGCUGCCAGGAAAUUUUACAUUGACUAUGCCAAGAAGGUGGGGUUUGUCGUGCGUAUUAUGCAGCGUCGUCGCUCAGAAACUGAUGGUAGAACUCUUGCUCGUCGUCUUGGAUGUAAUAAGCAGGGGUUUUCUCCUAAUAACCAAGGUUCAGUUGCAUCAGGUAAAAGGCCUAGGUGUAGUGCACGUGAAGGUUGCAAGGCUACAAUUCUGGUUAAGAUGGAGAAGUCAGGAAAAUGGGUUGUGACAAGAUUUGUGAAGGAUCAUAACCAUCCACUCAUCAUCAGUGCUCGCGGAGUUAGUAAUGGAGUGAGAUUUCUUCCAAAUGUUGACAAGGAUAAGAAGAUUGAGCAGCUUACUCUGGAGUUGCAGCGUCAAGACCAGCUUUGUACAGCAUACAGAAACAAGUUACUCAACUUUUUGGCCAGUGUUGAGGAGCAAGGUGAGCACCUGUCUUCAAAAAUUAAUGGUGUUAUCGAAAAUGUGAAGAAGAUUGAAGCUGAGAUACAGAAAUCAUCAGGCCAUUGAUAGUUUCAGUAUUGUUUCGAUGUCUUUUGAUUCUGUUCCUAUGCUAUCUGAUCAGCUUAAAAGAUGAUACUAGCUUUGUACAGGAUUUCAUGUGGUGAGGCCAACAAACACAAGUAGCCUAUUAUCUUUUUCUUCCUUUUGUAGAUCUAGUUUGGUAAAUUCCGUCAUGUCCUAGAUAUGAUUUGCACAUGUUCUUAUUGAAUGCUAGUAGUGCAUGCAACCUGUAUCCUGUCUUUCUCUAAGCUUCUCUUUUGAUCCGAGAAAAAAAGAGUGAAGGAUUGUGAAUGUGGAUGCUAGUAGCAAAGUUAUAACAGCA